UAUGAGAGAGGUGAGGGGUACGGGAGAAUUCAGAGAGAGAGAGAGAGAGAGAGAGAGAGAGAGAGAGCGGUCGAGUCGCGGCGGGGGAGAAUGUUUGGCUGGUCCGGUCGCUGUGCCUGUGCAUGGUGGAUGCGAAGCCAAGCCGCCUGAGGCUGAAGAAGAGGGAGGGGUGCGCCGAGAAAAGUCUUGGCUUUUAGCUUUAGGCGCCCACACCAAUGCCACACUGCUCUGCUCUCCGAGUAACUUAUUGCAAGCAGUCACCCAGGUGAGCGAGCCGGCGAGGGGCUCAGCUUUGGAUAAUUCUUGCUCCCUGUCGUUUCGGUUUGAAGCUUUCUGGAGGGAGCACACGGCUCGGUAUCAGUGAGAGCCUGAGAGUUGAUAGUGAGCGAGAGCAAAGGGGGGAGUUGGGAUUUCUCUCGCGGAGAUCACGCUUGCGGAGUGUGCUCUCCGUGCUGCGGCGAGUCCCGCUAAUCUCGCUUGAUUUCUUGGUGGUGGGAGGCGACAGGUGCGUGAGCCGCCUGCUUGGGUGCUUGUGGGAGGUGAAAGGAGGAGGGGGUUUCUUCGCUGUUGUCUCUGUCCUGGUUCUUUUCGUCAGGUACUUUUCAUUCCAUGUUCCACGCCGCUCUCGCCUUGGGCAGCUGCCUUUCCGUCUUGUUUCUUGCCAAAUUUCUGUUCUUAAGAUCACGAGGACCAUGCACAAGUUGAAGGUAUGCCAGUUCCUCGCUUGUGUUAUCCUUUGCAACUCCAGUUCUCCUUUGAUUUCCAUGGAGGAAAACUGUAGGGGGGUAUGAGUGACGGUGGGCGAGAAGUAAGCGAAAACUAGCAUCUUGAACCUCCUUUGAUCCUGCGCAUUGAUCGUUUUCCCCCCUAUCUAUCCCAAGUAAUUUUGUUUGUUUUUCCUAGCAAGUUUUGUUCUUGUUUCAUGGAGCAACAAUUUAAGAUGACGAGCAAGAACCCUACCAAAACCCCGCCGCUCCUGGCCACCCUUCUCCUCCUGCUCGCCUUCCUCGCCCUGUGCGCGCCCGCCGCCUCCCAGCCGCUCCACUCGGAGCCCAUGGCCACCCAGUCCCCUCCGCCCUCACCCGCGCCGCCGCAAUCCAGGAUUCCCCGCGCGCAGGUCGGCGGCGCCGCGCGCCUCCGCCGCAUCGCGCUCGGCGUCCUCUUCGGUUCCCUCUCCGGCUUCCUCCUUGCGCUCGCCUUCCUCUAUGCCAUCCGCGUCGCCAUCCUCCACGCCAAGAGUGCGCCCGCGAUCGUCAAGGGCCCUGUCUCCUUCACCCCUCAAAUCUCCCCCAAGAACCUCCUGGCCGCGCUCCCCUCCGCGCAGCCGCUCGCCCAUGGUCCCCAUGGCAAGUAUUACAAGCUGACCCUUGACAAUGACCUCACCGUUGCCGUCAAGCGGCUUGAGGCGGCCAGCCGCCCCGAGGCCUCGCCGUCAAUGUCCCCGAGCACAUCGAAAUCUGACAUGAGAAGGGUGCAGAGGCAGCUUGAGGCCCUUGCCCGGGUGAGGCACCAGAAUGUAAUGACCUUGAAGGCGUAUGUUCGUGAGGCUGACCGCCUUUCGCUCGUGUAUGACUUCAUUCCUGGGGGCAGCCUCGAGGAUGUGAUGAAGAGGGUGAGAUCGCAGCAGGUCAGCCUUAAUUGGGAUGCCAGGAGCAGGAUUGCUGUUGGGAUCGCCAAGGGGUUGAGGCACUUGCAUUUUGAUUGCAGUCCAAGGAUACUCCAUUGCAACCUCAAACCUUCAAACGUUAUGCUGGAUGAAGGCUUUGAACCAAUAUUGGCAGAUUGUGGUGUUGCAAGGCUGAUUGCAGCAGGUUCAGGUGAUCCAGAAUUAUGCAGUGGCCUCUAUGCAGCUCCAGAGUGCUACCAGAGCAGCAGGUACACAGAUAAGAGUGAUGUCUACGCCCUUGGCAUGAUCCUGGGUGUGCUGCUCACCGGGAGAGACCCAACAGAUCCUUUCUUCUCCGGCGAAACUGGGCAGGGUGGCCUCGCCAGAUGGCUCCGGCAUAUUCAGCAAUCUUCGGAUCCAAAAGAAGCACUGGAUAGUAGCGUCGUAGGAGAUGAAGGGGAAGAAGAGGAGAUGCUUAUGGCUAUUAGGGUUGCCAUUGUCUGCCUGUCGGAUUCGCCAGUGGAUCGGCCAUCCAGCGAUGAGCUCGUCGCGAUGCUAACGCAGCUCCACAGCUUAUAAUCAUCAUCAAUCAUUUCUUGAGAGCUGCAUAUGUUCUUCCAUCAUGGCACUGGCACAGCGCUAAAUCAUGUUGGAUCAAUGCUUAUUGCUUACUGCUGCACAAGUGAGUGUGUGGUAGUAGCUUUCAGUGUCUUGGGCUGGAGUGUCCAAGCCAAAUGGUCCACAAGGGAAGCAACAGUUUCAGAAUUACAAACAUGCAGCAGCUGCUCCCUGUGAUUUGAUUCAAAAUGUAGCCACAUGCUGGUGGCUGAGCUUCCUGGGUUGUUCUGCCCAUGGAGUUGUGAAUAUGUCUUUGUAGAAAGCUCUGUGGCAUGGAUCUGUUGCUGUAAGCUGUAGAAGGAUGAUGUGCUUGUGAAUUGAGAUCCAUUCAUGUACACCGGCUCCUCCACUCUGCCUGUGACUAUGAUGCCUAGUAUUUAACAGGCUGUUGGGCCCAAGUGCUCAACUGUUUCCA